AUGAGAUGUAAAACAUAUGAUAACUAUGACUCUUUUAAAACAUUAUAAUCACCUCGUCUUCAUCCAUUUCGAUAACAUAAGAGUUCUAAAUCAGAGGAUAUAGAUAUGCUACAAUUUUAGAAUAUGAAUUACUCUUCAGUUCAUGAAGUAUCUCUAAAUAAUGAUUAAAAUGAAUUGAUUAAGAAAUAUGAAGAAUAAAUACAAAAAUUACAACAUUAAGUAGAAGUACUUGAAAAAAUGAUAGGAAAUUAUACUAAUAUAUAACGACUAUAUACAUUUGUGUCAUAAGUCUUUAAUGAAAUAGGAUUAAUUAAUAAAGAAAAUAUAUUUGAACCAAAAUUACAUUCACUUUGUUUGAUCUAAAUAAAUGAAUAGAAAUAGAAACUAAAGGAACAAAAUAAAUUUAUUUCGUGUUUAAAAGAUUUAGUAGUUUCAUGUUCACCUCCUGAUUAUUUUUCUGCAGAUUAAUUGCCUAAUCUUAAAUAAAUUUGGAGAUGCAUAAAAGUGAUGUUAGCUGAAUGUAUUGAAAAUAAAAGAAUAAAUUAAGAAUAGCAAGUAUAUUAUGCACAUAUAAUAAGCAAUUAAUAUCGUAGUUAACAAAAGGAAUGAUGUCUUAGUCAUAAAAAUAAAUGAUGCAAACUCUAACUAGAAAUAAAUUAAAUUGA